ACAAAGGGCGCCCGGUGUCCCGUCACCGUGCGCUUCUCCACGGUGGGCGGCGAGUCGGGCUCGCAUGAUCUCGCCCGCGACCCGCGUGGCUUCACGGUCAAGUUCCGGACUGCCGAGGGCGUGCUGGACAUCGUGGGAAACAACACUCCCGUGUUCUUCCUUCGGGACCCGGCCAAGUUCCCGCAUUUCAUUCAUACCCAGAAGCGUGACCCCGCGACGCACUUGACUCCUGGAGACGAUGCCACGCACGCAUGGGGCUACUGGUGCCACAACCCGGAGGCGGUACAUCAGGUCAUGAUCCUUAUGGGUGACCGGGGCAUCCCGGACGGGUAUCGCUAUAUGCAUGGAUAUGCUGGCCAUACCUUUAAGUUUAUCAAUAAGGACGGCCGUUGGGUAUAUGCUCAGAUCCACUUCAAGUCGCAGCAGGGCAUCAAGUUCUUUACUUCCGAGGAGGCGGCGACCAAGUCUCCAGACUAUUCCCAGAAGGAUCUGUACGAGGCAAUCCAGAGAGGGGAGUGCCCGAAGUGGUCGGUCGAGGUGCAGAUCAUGACCGAAGACGAGGCCGAGAGGGUCUGGAGAGAGCAGGGCAUCAACGUGCUCGACCUGACACACGUCUGGCCGCAGAAGCAGUUCCCGCUCAAGAAGGUCGGCUACUUCACCCUGAAUGAGAACGCCGCCAACUACUUUGCCGAGAUUGAGCAGGCUGCCUUCAGUCCCAGCCACCUAGUGCCCGGCAUCGAGCCUUCUGCCGACCCGGUCCUUCAAGGCCGUCUCUUCUCCUACCCGGACACUCACCGACACCGUAUCGGACCUAACUACCAGCAGCUUCCCGUCAACGCGUCCAGCAGCAAGGUCGCCAACUUCCAGCGUGAUGGCAACAUGGCAAUCAACAACCAGGGCGGACGUCCCGCCUACUUGUCGUCUAUUGACCCAAUCCAGUUCCGUAAGCGCUCCGCCGACCUGGACAAGAUCCAUGGCCGCUUCAUCGGACAGGCCGUCACGUCGCUGUCGGAAAUCAGACCGGAGGACUUCAACGCCCCUCGCGCGCUGUGGCAACGAGUCUGGGACGAGCCUGCGCGUGAGCGGUUCAUCAAGACUGUCGCCGGCUCGAUGAGCACCAUUCGCGACCCAGAGAUCAUCAAGCGCCAAAUAGCCAUCUUCCGCGAGGUAUCUGAUGAUAUUGCGACAAGGCUGGAGAAAGCUACGGGCUUCAAGGGGUACCAGGGAAUUGUAGAUCUGCAGUUCAACGGAACGCACAACGGCAUGGCGAGAAGUGUUGAGAAUAAGCAGGCCAAUGGUGUUGCUGCGACAGCGUCGAGGCAGCCCGCUCUCUCGAAGCUGUAAUUGUGCGAUCAUGACCCAGCGGUCACUCUUGUGCAUAGAGUCACAGUUUCAAUUAAUGAAGAAGAGCACCAGUCUGAAUCGGCGCGUUAUCAUGAGUGAAC